CAAAUAUUUUCUAAAUAUAUAUGAUGAACGUUCAGCACUAUCAAAAUUACUUCCCUUAUGUGAAUGAAGCGCAAGUGUAACUCUAAGGGGACAUUGAACAAGCAAGUAUGAUAAUAAUCUAAUAAAUUCAGAAUAGAGCCAAGCUUCAAAUUAUAAUGAGUUUAACUUAUUUCAAUAGAAUUUUUAUCCACAAACAUUUCCUCCUUAUUAAUUUGAGUUCGUACAAGAACACGAGAUUCCAAGCCAAAUAAAAAAUAAAAAAAAUAAAAAACAUAAGUAAUUGAAUUUAAUUUCAUUGAAAAAGGAAUAACGAUUCCAAGGGCCUAUUACCUAAAACAUUGGAAUCCGACAAAUAGUUUGUUGAGGAUCCACAACAAAUAAUCAUUCAACCAGAUUAAAUGUACAAUAAUUCAUUCUCACUUUAGUAUUAAACAACCAUAUCCAGUGUUUCAUUACACACAAGGCAGCCCAUUGCCUAAACUCCAAUCUGACAUUGUUUCCAAUCCACAUCAAGAUGCUUAAGGUUCCCAAGAAGGUUCUUAAUAGACAUAAAAAGAGAAAGGACAGCAUUCUUAAACUAAAAAGCCUAAGAAAGAAAACAUGAAUACUGGUCAUUGGUCAACCGAUGAACAUUCAACCUAUAUAUCCUUUUUAUAGCAAUAUGAGGAUAUAAUGACAUCCUCAAUGAUGAAAAAGACAUCAAAAAUAUUCAAAUAAAUGAGUGAACUAAUUGGUACUAGAACACCAAGUUAGUGCAGAAGUCAUCAUCAGAAGUUUAACCCAUACGCUUUGAGAGGAGAAAACGGAAAACGCUUACCUCGUGCUGAAAGGAGUAGAGCAGGCAGAAAAAAGAAGAAUCCCCAAACAGACUUACCAAAAGCAGGUAAAAAUUGAUAGUAUAUUGUAAAAGAAGAGGCAAACGUCAUCGCCAAUUAUGAAGCACAUGAUCCUUAUUACUACAUGAUGUUAGAAUAAUAGAAAUAUUAUUAUUCUAAUAUUCAAUAAGAAUUUUGGAAUCCUCAACAUGAAAUGGAACAUCAUCCAAGUAUAAAAAAGGAAGAGGACAACGAAUUCAUGAAUAAUCCUCACCUUUAAUUACUUCAAUAAGAAUACGAAGAAUGUUUAAAAUACAAUCUACCUUAUAUGUAAAGAAAUGGAAUUCAAUCAGAAUAUAAUUUCGAUGCUAGAAAUCAAACCAUUAACGAUUUGUUAAUAUGA